UGGCGCCAAGGAGAGACAGAGUUGGUUAAAAUUUGAGGAGAAGAGAGGGAUAAAUGCCUAUGGCUAUGCCUCGCCCUUAAAAAUUUCUUCUCAAUCUCUGUGCAAUCUUCUUUCUUCCUCAUUCCAUCGCCUGCACGCCAACAACCCCCUGAGGAUCCCCCCUCUUGUUGUUUUUGUUUCUUUUUGUCUUCAGCUGGGGUCUCUCGCUCUUCCCUCAUGACCAGAAUUCUCGUACCUUGACAUGGUUUUGGACCCUUUGAAGCUGAAUUUAAGCAGAAUUUUGAAUGAUGGAAUCUGGACAUGAGGGUGAAACUAGCAGUGAAUCGAAGGCGAAUCAAACUGCUACUUCUGUUGAACGUAGCAGCUUCUCCUCCCCCUCAUCCUCUUCAUACGAAGACCUCACCAAUGAGCCAAAAACAGGUGCUAAUGGCACUGAAUUAGCUUUAGAUAUUAAUGAAGAGGGUUUUGCUACCAGCUCUCGUUCAAGGCUAGAGCAACCAAAUGAUGAAUUGGCAACAGAAUCUCCUCCGGCACAGGUGAUGGCGCGAGCUGAUGAUGACAACCUCUCUGUUGAUCCUAAUAGGAUCCCAUCUCAUGUGUUUGCGAGAACUAAAUCUAAUGCUCUAGAAUGGAGUAUUGCUUCUAAUGAAUCCUUGUUCAGCAUUCAUAUGGGGAAUAUGAGUUUCACUAGAGAUCAAUUAAGCUGGAUGGGAGGUGACAUUCAAUUUUCAGGGCCUUUAUUUGACCUCCCAAGUAUGCAGCCGCCAACAGCGACAUCACAUGGGAAUUUAAGCCUAGGAGCAACUGAAGCUGCAGCAGUUGCAACAAUGAGAGAGGUCAUAAGGGAAAACGAUAGCAAUGACAAACUGAAAUUAUCUCUCCCCCCUGAGGACUCUUCCCUUGCUCGCGAUGCUAGCACCAAAUCCUUUGCAUUUCCAAUAUUGACAGCGGACGAAGACAAAAGUACGUCAGUAAGGGGAUCAAUAAGGGGGAAGAAACAGCAAUCAUUGCAGCUCGAGAUGCCCAAAGCAGCAGAACCAGGGACUCCAGCACCACCUCAGCGCCCUGAAGCAAACAACAAAGCUGCAGGUCGGGUGAAACGGUAUUCUUGCUUCUCUUGUUGCUCAAUCUGCUGAAGAAGGGUAUUAGGGGAACCCCGGAUGUAUAUUCAUUGCUUGGUCUUAAAUAGAAUUGAAUUCUGUCUAACAAAGUUUUUGUUUUUUUCUCAAUUUUUUUCUUUUGUAGCUUUUGCAGAUAUAUUAAUCUCUUCUCUCUUGUUGAUUAGUUCAUACAAUCUGAUGCAUUUUCUCUAUGCUUUGCAAUUCACACAUUAAUGUACACAAAUGUAUUUGUCAGGACUAAAUUUUGUUUGUAGUAUUAUUUGAAGAAAGCAAUAGUCAAUGAAU